CACAGGUUUUCUUAAAGAAUGACGGAAGAUAAAAUAGUGAAUAACGAUCUAAUUCUGAAAGCCACUAACCGUACUGCGAUCGAGAGAUAAUGCGUCUAAUAUCUACUGCGAUACAAAAGAGGGAAACGACAGCGCUGAUGCAAAUGUAUUCCGGCUGGUCGAAACCAAUCCCUAUUGAUGCCCCAAGUCCUCCGAAGUACGCCUCUACCAACCUAUCCCCAACCCCACCCCAUCCCAACCCAAACAAAAGAAAAAAUGCGUAGGGUAUGUAGAUCAUGACCAUAAACGGGCGAAACAGCGCAGAACCCAUCGCCGUCCGCGAACGUAAAAACAG